CAGUUAAUGUGGGAACUUCCUGUUUGUAGUGUGACCGGAAGUGGAUAAAAACAUUGGAGGGAACGAAAAAUAUUCUGAGAUCUUCUGUUGAAAAGGACAACAUAGUCUGUGGUUUGGGACUGGUGUGGCAGCUCUACCAACCUUGUGUCCAGCUGCCAGAUCACCAUGGCGAAAAGGAGGAGCCUGUCCAACCUGGUGGUGUCUUGUAAGUGGGCGUCUUGCACCUUCAAAGGCCACUGCAUGGAGGAGCUCAGCGAACACAUGUCACUGCACCUGAAGGAUCACCUAGGAGACAGAGAUGCUAUGGAAGAACUAGAUGACUAUGCAUGUUUGUGGGAGGGCUGUGAGUUCCUGGCUAUGGGCAGCCCCAGGGAGCUGGAGAUCCAUGCUCACUUCCACACCUUCCACAGCAAACUCAAGUUCAUUGGGGAGCAGAUGCUCAAGUCCCACCCCAACUUCCCCAGCUGUACCCAGGACCUCCACAGCAACAACCUGGUCCCCGAGAUCUCAGAGGGGCUUGUGUGCCAGUGGGAGCACUGUGAUAGUACAUUUAACAACCCGGAGUGGUUCUAUCGGCAUGUGGACAUGCACGCUCAUUGCACUGGGCUCUCUCCUCUCCCAGACCAGCAGCAGGCCAUCUUCUGCAGCUGGAAAGGUUGUGAUGCAUUCUUUAAGAUCAAGUACCGUCUGCGGGAGCACCUGCGCAGCCACACUCAGGAGCGUCUCGUGGCCUGCCCCACCUGCGGCUGCAUGUUCUCCAGCAACACCAAGUUCUUCGACCACAUCCACAGACAGGCCGAGCCAGAGGAGUCCCUGGUGUGUGAGCAUUGUGACAAAGGCUUUGCCAAUGAGAGACUGUUGAGAGACCAUGUACGACAGCAUGUGAACCAUAUCAAGUGUCCCCUGUGUGACAUGACCUGCACCUCUCUCGCCACUCUGAAGAUCCAUAUCAAGUUCCGCCACUGUGACGAGCGACCCUUUCCCUGUGACUUCUGUGAGAGCAGCUUUAAGAACCAGCAUGACCUGCGGAAGCACAUGGAGACACAUAAUGAGGGGGCGGCCUACCACUGCUCUGUAGAGGGCUGUGACUACUCCUCCCGCAUGGCCCACACCAUGAACCAGCACUACAAGAGAGUACACGAGGGUGGAAUGGUCUCGAAAUACAAGUGUCAUCUCUGUGACAGAACCUUCUCUUGGUGUUACACACUCACUCUUCACUUGCGCAAGAAACACCACCUGAAAUGGCCCUCUGGACACUCCCGCUUCAGAUACAAGGAGGAUGAAGAUGGCUACCUGAGGCUGAACAUGGUGCGUUACGAGACAGUGGAGGUGACUCAGGAGAUCAUGAAGAACAUGGCUAAGAAGAGGACGCUCCAUAAGGGCCCCGGGUCCAGCAGCCGAGCCAAGAGAGCUGCCAUCCGGGCAGCCAGGAGUCAUGGCUCUCCCCCUGGCUCCUCCUCCCCCUCCUCUUGCUCCUCUUCCUCAGAGCUCUCUGCAGGGGAGGAGAUGUCAGCCCAGCCCAGCCCCAGGGGCAGUGACUCACCUGUGUACUGUGUACUGAGUAAUGUGUCUGAUAUGGGGGAUGACCCCGACGCCACCCGGGAUGGCUCUGACUCCUGUGGGCCCUCAGGUGCUGUGAGGGCCCUGACUGAAGUGGCCAGGGGUCUGGGGAUGGAUGUGGUGUGAUCACACACAGACCCUCCUUAUUCUAGUGGUCCAAGUAAACUAUUGAUGUUGCCACAUUGUUGUCUCCAACCUUGAUCCUGUAGACUAAAGUAGUGAUACCAACUUGAAUUGUAUCUCAAUGAAUAGGAAUAUUCCAGCCGAUGAAUGCAGCCAUUCAUAUCUAACGCACUGUCAUUCCUUUAUGAAAUGAGCACUUGGUUGAAGAAAUACAGAUCCAGUAUCUUCUCAGGACCAGUGUUGGAGACCACAAAUGUAGCAUUACUGAAUCACUCCAAUGUUACAGCUGUGCUGCAUGUAUGAUGGCUGGGCUUAACCUGGGAUGGACUGUUUAUUAAAGUUCACUAAAUGUUAGUGUCUCUGGAAGAGAUGUGACAAG